CGGUUAUGUCCGCGCGGAGAGGAGGAGCGAGCUCGUCACAGGAAAGAAACCAAGCCCUCUUCAAACACACAUCUCCUCACACCCAGCGUGUGUGUGUUACAACACACACCAACUAUGUUCGCGGUGUAAAUUCCUGAAGAAACUCUUCUCCAAGUAUGCCGUAGAGAGCCGAGUUUUCCAGCCAUGGCUUGUUUGAGGAUGGCGGUCAGACUGGCCGGACCGAGCCGCUUCAGAAGCUCCGCGACUCUCACCGCUCUGCAGCAGCUGAAGGUUCAGCCCAGCGAGCUCCUGUGGAGGUGCCACCCAGUCAUCUGCUGUAGCACUUCAGCGCCAUCUAAUGAUAUUACAGUGCAGUAUAGACAUGGACGACCAGUGCUGGCCCUGCCUUUGCCAUCCAGGCAGGAGAAGUGCCUCUUUUUCUUGCGGCCCAUGCUCAUGACUGUUAGUGACCUCAUUCAUGACAUCCGGAGAGAAGACUCAGGAGUUUCAUCUGCUUCUGUAUUCACCACUGAUGGUGUAAGGGUUGCCUCUGGUACACCCAUGGACACUCUGCUUAACAAAGAUUUCCACUUGCGUAUCAAUGGAGUCGUCUACAAUGUCCACUCGGUGCAAAGAGAACCACUGACUAGUGAGCGUGUAUCGAGCAUGGAGGAUGUGAAGAAUACAGUACACAUGUUACACACAGCACUACAGCUGCCUGAGCACCACCUGAUGAAGGAAAAGGAGUUGCAGCAGAAACUGGACAUCCUGAAACAAGAACUCAUGCCUCUGGAGCAGAUGAAAGCCCAGCUGGAUCUCAGGGCUGAGCGCAGUUCUUCAAGGGCGCUCUGGGUGGGCCUGGCUCUGCUCUCUGUGCAGGGAGGGGCUCUGGCCUGGCUCACCUGGUGGGUUUAUUCCUGGGACGUCAUGGAACCUGUCACCUACUUCAUCACUUACUCCACCAGCAUUGGAAUCUACGCCUACUACGUUCUAACCAAACAGGACUAUGUUUACCCAGAUGCAAAGGACAGACAGUUCCUGCAUUACUUCUACAAGGGUGCCAGAAGACAACAGUUUAGUGUGCAGAAGUACAACAGACUUAAGGACGAGCUGUCUUUGGUCGAGGAAGACCUAAGACGUUUGCGGAACCCAAAUCAACUCAGACUGCCUGUGGAACAGAUCCAGUCUAGCGCUGAAUAAUACGUGCAAAACAAAACCCUCACACAAAAGAUGGACAUGCUGCCCUUCCCUAAACUAGACGGUUUGAUACUCCUGUUAUUUAUAAUAUCGAUAACAGAUGUCAUCUCAUGAACUGCUUGUAGAGAAAAAUACAUUUGUUGUGUUCCAUAUUUGGAGCAUCUAAAUAUUGAAAUAAAGCACUUACCCUGAAUUUUA